GAGAUAGACGAUGCUUAUAGACACGAUCGUCGCUCACUUGACCUCCCUUCCUGCUACAAGGGCGAUCUCGAACACCGGGGGUUUGUUAGUGUGGUGGAGCACGUAUACGAUUUCGGGCUCCACCGCAACCACACUUCGAGACUGGCAAGGGAAAUCAUCGCGGUAAGGGGAGAAGGAUUUGAAGCAUAUAGCCUGGAGUUGGUGGUCGCCAGCCUUGAGAAGCGCAAGGAGGAGGAUUUGAACGGCUGUGCUGCGGCACGUCAAGAAUUGAGGAAAGGCAUUGCGGGGUCAUUUCAGAUGUGA